AUGGAGUGCCCAGUUGCAAUCGUAUCCCAGGAGACUGGCCGCAUUCGAGUGGAUCCUGAGGACAUCAAGACUUUCUGGAAACUUGCUUCGGAAGCCCAGGAAAGCCCGCCACUGGGUGCGGCUGAGCAGAUGAUUCCACUUGGGUGGUGGGGGGACGAUGCAAGGUUUAACAAAGCCGGUGACAAGAUCACGCUUUUUACCUUCAACAUUUUGGACUUCAUCACGAUUGAUGUCGAACUUGCAGGACCCAGAGCAGUACUCUGCGAAUAUCGUGGAGAUUGGAAGUUCCAUUACGAGCAUUGGAACCUGAGUGCUUCGUACAAGGAAAUCAUUUCGGAUUGCAUGAACCCCUCUCUGCGAAAUCCGCUGGCUACGGACUUGACUGCUGGGGUCUUCAAUGCUGCGACACAGAUUCGUCCUUGCAGUAUGCAUGUGGUCAACCUUGGAGUGUUGCAGGUGCUUAGCGGCUCAGUGGUGGAUAUGCUGGUGAAGGCUGGCUUCUUCGGCUCCACAGAGCCCGCAGUGGCAUUGCACACGGCAUCUUUGCGAUUCAAGCAGUAUGCCAGUGCUCACCGACUUGUUCAUUCAGUGCCGUUCCUGACUCCGAACAUGUUGGUCGAUGCAAGCACUGCAGGCAGCUACCCGGUGCUCACUUUAAAAGCCUUCAACGGCAGGCUUUUCUUGGGGUUCCUUUCGGCAUGCCUCCGAGCUGCUGUCGCAAAGGGUCCGAAUCCCGACUUGGAGCUGCGACUCGCUGAGAGAUGCACGCACUCGUUGCUUCUCUGGUUCCAGAUCCAGGAAAAUGCACCCCGGCGGUUCAUAGACCCUGCCACUGGACAACGGCUGCUGCAAACCGGUGACGAAUUCCUUCGCCUCUACCAUGGUUUGGCCCAACUGGCUUGCCAAAGAGGCGAGUUUCGAUGGAAGGAGACAGAGUACCCUCAGUAUGUGGAGUGGGUGCGCACGACGGCCAAAGAGGAGAAGGAGACGUGUGUGCAGCUGCGACGUCUGGCGAUGUGGCUGGAGCAAGAGGCGGCACAACCUAUCAAGGAGACGACGGCCAAGUGGACUCUGGUGGAACCUCCACCCGAGACCCCGAAGGCCUCACCGAAAGCAUCUCCGAAGACGAAGAGUCCCGCGGGAUAUCGGGGCCGCGGCAGUGCGGCGAGUUCGGCGGCAUCUUCGGUGAGCGAGUCGGUACUGAGGGAGUUGGUGUCGACACUACACGAUCUCAAGAACGAAGUGGCGCAGCUCAAGAGUGCAAGCUCGGAGGAACGUCCCCGCAAGAAGAUGUUCCAGUCCUUAGUUGGGUAUCAGAGACCUGUGCUACUGGAGAUUGCAGGGCAACCCGGUAGCCCGAUUGUAGAAGCGGUGUGUAAAGCUGCUGAGAGUGAUCGGGCUGCUAGCCAAUGCGGCCCAUGGAACGGAGGGGACGUGUCCACGGGAACAGGGGUGAAGUACGUUCUCCAGCGCAUUGCGGUGGAACAACCACAGUGUGUGUGGCUGAAUCUCCCGGGUGGUGCGUUUUCCCCGCUCCAGAGGAUGCACAAUCGGACUGAAGAACAACAAGCACGCUUGAAAGAAAAGCGCAGAGCGGCACAGCGAACCUACGUAGGUCAGGAACCAAGCUCUGGCAGUGAGACGUUUACCAAGGAAUAUGCCAAUCGCGUAGCCCACGCUCUGCUGCAGGAACUCAGCUACACCGCCGUGCACUUGGAGUGCGCGGGAAAGACCAACCUACCCGACUCCUUUGGAAGAGGAGAGACCUGCACCUGUGGCGAGGUUCCGCACGUUCAGCAGUUGAAGGAGUUGGGUUUUAGACCUCCGACGGUAGGCGCCACGAACCAGAACGAACAUGCGAUGGCUAACGAAACCACCCCGGCUGCGAGUAGGACCCCGACUAGUCAGUCACAGCGCCAGGAGAUUGAACGUAUCGAUAAGAAGCUGUAUCUUCUUCACUCUGCCACUGGCCACGGGAGUACUAGACACAUGUUAGAAGCCUUGAAGCGUAGAGGGGCCCCGGAAUUAGUGUUGCAGUGUGCCCAGCAAUUUCGGUGUUCCGUUCGUGAAGAGAAACAGCGUGUGUCAAGUCGACAUGUGGCGUCCCUUGAACCCUUGCCCCCGAAAUGGUGCACGGUGUCAGCUGAUGUGGGACAUUUUCAACACCCCACCUCACACGAGCAUAUUCAGUUUCUUCUGAUUAUCGACGAGGGAUCCAGGUUUCGGACGGCUCGCAUUUUGACCAAGGGACAGAAGCAACAGCCUACCGCCCUGUCGUGUUUGAGAUACUUCCAAGAGGGAUGGGCCCAGUACUUCGGACACCCGAGGGUUCUUCGCUUGGACCCAGCUGGUAGCUUCCGCAGCCAGUUGGUGGCUGACUACUGCGACAAACAUGGGAUCUUCCUAGAUAUCGUGCCAGGUGAAGCUCAUUGGAAGAUUGGUGUUUGCGAACAAGCGAUACAAGGGGUUAAGGGGAUCCUCAAGAAGUUGUGUGAAGUUGAGCCCGACAUCUCCCUUGAAGAGGCUUUGGCCACUUCGAUUAGGACCUUCAAUCAGAGGGAUGUCAUAAGAGGGUUUUCGCCGUACCAACAUGCCCUGGGGCGCGAACCUGAUGAGACUGGCAGGAUCAUUGAGGGCCUUCAAGGUUUUCCUCCCGAGCUGUUAGUCGAGAACGCCACUGAUGAAGUUGAAAGGGCAGCUCGUCUGAGAGCUGAGGCAGAAAAAGCCCACUCAGACUGGCAGGCCCAUCAGAGACUGGCCAGAGCAGCUAACUCACGACAUAAGCCCCGCCUGGACUUCGAACCAGGAGAACUGGUCUUCUUCUGGCGGACUCAGGAGUCGGGCCGCCACAAGCGGCAACCCGGAGCCAAGCAGGGGCGGUUCUUAGGACCCGCCCGGAUCUUGGCAGUGGAGUCCAAACGUGAAGCGGAUGGCACCUUGAAGGCAGGCAGCUCAGUGUGGCUAGUGCGCGGCAGGAACCUCUUAAAGUGCUGUCCGGAGCAGCUCCGAAGAGCUUCUCCUCGCGAGGAGCUUCUUGAAGCCGUGUCAGAGCAGCCAGAGAGGGUCCCUUGGACUUUCACUAAGGUGGCCGAGCAGAUAGGCGGCAACCAGUAUGAGGACCUUCGAUCCGAGGUUCCAGAGCUUGACGAAUGGCAUCGAGCACAGGACCCCUCGCAGGAAAUUCCGGCAGUCCGCAUGCGCAUCAACCGGAAGCGACCUGGACCGUACCAGGAAGAUCCCUCAGGAGACUCCGAGAUGCAAGACCCGGAACAGGAGCCUGCCGCAAGCUCUCGUGGACCACGACCCCGUCGCGAGGACAGUCAACCGGGACAGGCCUUUGCAGAGGGUCCCCAAUGGUGGAAUACCGUUCGUGAGGAGGCCUGGGUAGCAGAGGAAGCGAGUUACUGGAGCGACCAGUCGGCCGCCAUGGAGGUGGAGAUUGAGAUGCCCUCCAACCAACGUGGCUGGCGCCAGGCCAUGAGUGAUCUACCCGCCUACUUUGUCGGCGCCCUGAAGAGGCGCGCCGUGGAACUGAGUGAGCGGCGCAUGACGCCGGCUGAAAAGGAGCAGUUUCGCGAGGCCAAGAACGUCGAGGUCCGGAACUUUGUCGCCGCCAAGGCGUUCGAAGCACUUCCUCCUGAAGUCCGACCCUCCAAGGAGCAGGCUGUAGGCAUGCGUUGGAUAUUAACUUGGAAGGUCAAGGAGGAUGGCACGAAGAAGGCCAAGGCGAGAGCAGUGCUUUUAGGGUAUCAAGACCCGGCGUAUGAACAUCGCGCUACUACGGCACCAGUUACUACCCGUCAGACCCGCCAGUUUCAAUUGCAGCUUGCAGCUCGAAACAAGUGGCAUUUGCAGAAAGGAGACGUCAGCGGCGCCUUCUUACAGGGAAGGGAAUACCCUUCGGACAUGUUUUGCAUUCCCUGUGACGAGAUCUGCAGUGCCAUGGGCCUACCUACCGGCAGCAUUACACGGCUGCGACGAGCCUGCUACGGCUUAGUCGACGCUCCACUGGAGUGGUACAGAACAGUGUCAUCAUAUCUGGAGUCACUAGGCCUACAGCGCUUGUGGUCAGAUUCCUGUGCUUGGGUGUGGAGAAAGGACGGCAAGCUGAGAGGUAUGAUCUCUGGACAUGUUGAUGACUUCAUGUUCAGUGGACGGCAAGAUGAUGUUGAAUGGCAGGCCAUCCUAAAGAACAUCCAGGAGCGGUUUCGCUGGAGCGACUGGGAAUCAGAACACUUCGUACAAUGUGGUGUAAAGAUUGACAAGGUGGCUGACGGCUACGAGCUUUCCCAGCCGACCUACCUGGAUGAGGUCCGAGAGAUCAACUUGAGUGCCAGUCGCAAGCGCGACAAGGGCGCUCCCGUGACGGAACGGGAGCGGUCACUACUAAGGACUCAGCUGGGAGCGCUCAGCUGGCAUGCUCAGCAAGUGGCUCCCCACAUAUCGGCGGAGGUGAGUUUGUUGUUGUCUGAAGUUACCGAGGCGACUACGGACACCAUUGUACGAGCCAAUCGACUACUCUACAAUACUAAGGCCAGAGGAGUGCACAAGAUGAAGAUUCAUGCCUUUGACGAGAAUGAACCAUUGGCCCUCUACGCCUGGGUGGACGCAGGCAGCCAAAACCGCCGAGAUGGAAGCAGCACACAGGGCAUACUAGUAGGGCUAGGUCCUGAGUCUCUGUUUGAGGGUUCCCUGGGUAAGAUUUCUGUUAUUAGCUGGCAUAGCAACAAGAUUGACAGGGCUUGUCGAAGCCCAGGGGCAGCAGAAGCUCAGGCGGCAGUGAAUGGCGAGGAUGCUCUCUAUUACUGUCGCUACCAAUGGUCCGAACUUCUUUACGGAGACAUCAAUGUGCACGAUCCUGACGCAGCAGUACGACGUGUUCCAGGAGGAGUCAUCACUGACUCAAGAAAUGUCUACGACAAGCUGAUUACCGAAACCAUGGCAUUCAAGGGAGCUGAGAAAAGAACCCUGCUGGAGCUGUUGAGUCUCAAGGAGUCUCAGGAACGCCUGGGAACCUGUAUCCGAUGGGUGCAUUCGGAGGCGCAGCUCUCUAAUGCCCUGACCAAGGCCGGGCCAUGCCAAGAGCUGGAAUUAUUCUACCGAAUGGGGCAUCAGUGGAAGAUUGUGGAGGAUCCCGAGAUGAGGUCUGCCAAGAAGAGAAAGUCGGAAGGCAUCGAACCCUUGACGAGUGUGGAAGUGCAAAAAUCUGUGUUUAACUCAUGA